AUGGCGAGGAAGCGAAAACAGCCGCCUCAACCCGCUCAAUCCGCAGAGCCCCCUCUCAAACAGCAUCAACAACAGCCCCAAUUGAAUGUAGAGGCAGAGUAUAAAGAAGAAGAACAAUACGAAGAAGAAAGCGAAGAAGAAGUAGAAGAAGAAGAAGAAGAAGAAGAAGAAGAAGAAGAAGAAGAAGAAGAAGAAGAAGAAGAAGAAGAGGAAGAAGAAGAAAGCGAAGAAAUUGAAGAAGAACCAGCACCUAACAAUGAAACCUCAAAGCAGCACUCCACGUCUUCAUCCUCUCCAAACGACGACGACGACGACGACGACGAGCCAAUCCAGAAUCUUCUAGAACCCCUCGGUAAGGAUGAGGUCACGAGACUCCUCAUCGAGGCCGCCUCCAAGCACCGCGACGUGGCGGACCAGAUACGCCGCUCCGCCGAUGCCGAUCCCGCGCACCGCAAGAUCUUCGUACACGGGCUCGGCUGGGACACCACGGUCGAAACCCUCGCCGCCGCGUUCCGCCCCUACGGCGAGAUCGAGGACUGCAAGGCCGUCGCCGACAAGGCCACCGGCAAGUCCAAGGGAUACGGCUUCGUCCUCUUCAAGACCCGCCGUGCUGCCCGCAACGCGCUUCGCCAGCCGCAAAAAAGGAUCGGCAACCGCACUGCCGCCUGCCAACUGGCGUCCGUCGGUCCGGUCCAGCCGUCGCAGGCUACGCUUACGACGGCUUCGGGGGCUUUGGACUUCUCGCAGAGGAAGAUCUACGUGAGCAACGUGGGUGCGGAAUUGGAUCCGCAGAGGCUUCUGUCGUUUUUUGCGCGCUUUGGGGAGAUUGAGGAAGGGCCUUUAGGGCUUGAUAAGGUUACUGGGAAACCGAAGGGGUUCUGUUUGUUUGUUUAUAAGAGCGUGGACGGUGCGAAGCGGGCGUUGGAGGUGCCGCACAAGAAGUUUGAGGGGCAUAUUUUGCACUGCCAGAAGGCAAUUGAUGGUUCCAAGCAACAGCGAGUGGGGAUGGCGCAGGGUAGUUCACAGAGUGGUGGGUUUGUUGGUGUGGGGGUAGUGCCAAUGCCGGGUCACUUGAUGGCUCCGGCUGGGCCAGCGGUAGGAGGAGGUGCAGUAGGGGCGGCUGUGCAGCCAGUUAAUCCGGCAGUUGGGCAGGCACUGACAGCGUUGCUCGCAUCUCGGGGUGCCUCCGGGUUGCAGCUGAAUGGGUUGUUGGGGAUAGGGUCACCAGGGGCGCACACUGGCAGUUAUCUUGGGCAAGGGAGUGUGAAUCCAGGGGGUGUUGGUGUUGGAGGGUAUGGGAAUCAAGUAGGGUUGACGAGUUCAUAUGCAAGCCAGCAGCAGGUGGGCAUAGGUGGAUCUGGAAGACUUCAGCAGCAGCAGCAGCAGCAUGGUGGGGGGCAGUAUGGUGGGGUUGUGCCUUACAUGGGUCACUAG